AUGGACGAUCCGAGAAGAACAACUAUUGUUGAUAGUGAUGGCUAUGAUCGAGAUGAAUUACUACCAAAAUCAUCCAAAAAUUACAGAAUUCUUUUUGAUAAGUCAACACUUAUACAUCCAAAUGAAGAAAAGAUAAUUACUAUUGAAAUAUCUGCUGAAAGUGUGAAUAAAAUAACUGUAAGUCAUGAUAUUAGCCAUAAUGUUGCUUUGAGAAGAGGAGAAAAAAUCAACUUUACGGCAACUUUGAGAAGUACAGUUCAAAUUCCAAAUUUAGAUGUUAAAAUCUAUGCAAAUCAUGACUCAAUGAUAUAA